AUGUCGACGAACUGCAAGAAACGGCUGAUCCGCGACUUUAAGCGCCUCUCGUCCGACCCGCCAGGCGGGAUCUCGGGCAGUCCGCUCCCCGACAAUAUUAUGCUCUGGAACGCUGUCAUCUUCGGCCCAGGUGUGUUUUCUCUCCCCCACUCACCCCCACGCACUCACCUACCAACAGGCGACACCCCCUUCGAAGACGGCACAUUCAAGCUCCUCCUCACAUUCGACGAGUCCUACCCCAACAAACCGCCCACCGUCAAAUUCCUCUCGCGGAUGUUCCACCCCAACGUCUACGCGAACGGCGAGCUCUGCCUCGACAUCCUGCAGAACCGGUGGUCGCCGACGUACGACGUCGCGGCGAUUCUGACGAGUAUACAGAGUUUGCUGCAUGAUCCGAACCCGAAUAGCCCGGCGAAUGCGGAGGCGGCGCAGUUGUAUCGGGAGAAUAUGAAGGAGUAUGUGAGGAGGGUCAAGGUGACGGUUGAGGAGAGUUGGUUGGAUCCGGAGGAGGGGGGGUUGGGCGAGAAUGAGGGGGAGGGGGAGAAUGAGGGAGAGCAGGAGGGGGAGGGAGGGGAGGUGGAGAUGGGUGAGGUGGGGAGGGAGGGGGGGGAGCCGAUGGAGGGACAGCACGCGGGCGGAGCUGCGUCUGAGCGUGUUUGA